AUGGUCACUAUUUUCUUUUUGAAAAGUAAUUCUUCUGCGCUGCACGCACAAGUGCGAUAUUUUGCAGGAACUGGCACUAAUGAUUUCGAUCAAUCGAAACAAGCACCUGUGCAUUAUUUGGUUGAGAGGAACAACGUACUUAUGGUUCGACAGUUAAUGUGGUACGGUUCUGACAUGUCAUUACUGGAACAAUCAGCUUCCAAAGUUCCAUCUGAACUUUACAAUGUCGAUAAUGCCGAAGUUUGUACUUUCCUACAAGUGAGGAUGAAGGCUCUUGAACGAGUCAUGGCGUCAUGGUUGCGAGCAAUUUGUGCAGGGAAACUGCAGCUAGGGUGCGCCGCAAGUCUUCUACACUCGAUGCGAUUUCUGGAGAACAGUGGAAGGCUUGACGAUGUGGGUCAACCAAAAACACAGGAUAUACGCAAAAUCAAGUUGGCCUUGCGGAGAGAUAUUAUUGAAGAGGCAAAAGGCGAAAGCGAUCAUUUGGUAGUAUUCAUGCUGCCCGUAGCUUUUACCCCUCAAGAUGCGCUGAUGCCCGCUGAAUGUCCGCAUAUA